UGACUUAUACAUCUAUGGCUUAUGUCUUUGUGAUAAAAGAUUUAAUUCGCCAAUAAAAAGUCUGCUUUCCAUAGAGAGUAGACUUACCGAUUCCAGUGAAAUCAAUUUUGCGUUGAAUUUUUAGUACAUCCAUUGUAAUUUAUUAAUGGAAAAUAAAUAAGAUUGUUGAAAGUACCAUAUGGAAAAUAGGAAAGAAGCAUAUUUGACAUACCUUGAGUAACCUUACUUUUUCCAUAGACGCUAAUCUUAUUUGUGCAAACUUUCUCGAAAUAAUAAAAAAUAUCGUCAAAAUGCCGUUAUUAUGCUGGGGUUCUAAUGGUUAUGGUCAGCUGGGGUUGGGAUAUAAGUCAGAUGAAGAAAUAACUCCCAAAGAGGUCCAAUUGGCAGGCACAGAUCUCAAAGCUGAUGAAAUAAUAUCCAUUGCUGGAGGGGCUGGACAUACACUCAUCUUGAAUGACAAAGGGCAAGUGUUUUGCUGCGGUUGGAAUAAAAUGGGUCAGUUAGCUUUAUCUGAGGACGCCACUAAAUUCUCACAAAUUGAUAUACUCAAAGGUUUCAAAAUCGUUCAUAUUUCUUGCGGCUGGGAUUUCAGUGCUGCAAUAUCUGAAUGUGGUAAACAAUUUGUCUGGGGUAACAAUAGCUUCACCCAACUAGGUUUAUCGAAGAGCAUAACUUCAACAGGCAUUCCGUCAAGACUGCAAAUAUCCCAGAAACUCGCUACCGGUUACAAAAAAGUAAGCUGCGGUUUACGGCACUCGGCAAUCAUAACUAGAGAUAGUGAACUUUUAGUGGCGGGUACUGGUAAAAAAGGUCAAUUAGGAUUAGGUGAUAAGUAUGACGAUAAUAGCUAUCUGAGCAUAUCCAAAGUUCCUGAUUUGUACGAUAUUAUAAGUGUUGCUAGUGGUGAAAACCAUACUGUUUGCUUAAGGGAAGAUGGAACUGUAUUUGCAUGGGGAGAUAAUAAGUUCGGUCAGUUAGGUUUAGAUCCUACCAUUGAUACAAGUUACGUGCCAGUUGAAACGCUUGAGGAUAAAAGUUUGAAAGAAGUUCAUGCUGGUUGGACUCACACAGCUGUUCUAACCAAAACUGGGGAAAUUAUCAAUUGGGGACGGAAUUGUUACGGACAACUAGGGUCUCGUAGGGAGUUUUCUUACAAACCUGAAAAGAUUCCAAAUUUUUCGGGAGUAGAACAUUACAGUGUGGGCUCGGAGCAUAAUUUGGCUUUGAAUAAAGAAGGGAAACUAUUCGCUUGGGGUUGGAAUGAACAUGGUAGUUGCGGAACAGGGGAUAAGAAAAAUGUCUUGAAACCCACCCAAAUAUUGUCUAAUUUGAAAAUAAAAUUAGCUUUUGCUUGUACAGGUAGUUCAUUCGCAGUAGUAGAAUAGUAAAAUAUUUUUCACUCAUUGAAUUUUCUUGUUCUUAAGUAUUUUUAUAAAGAAAAUUGAAUUGAAUGUAUUCUGUAUUUUUAUAUUAAAAUGUGUUGCAUG